AUGGCGGCGUGGGGGCUGCUGACUCGGCUCGGUGCUCGGCUGCGGGCCGUGGCGGCCGUUCCUCCUCCCGGCAACAGGGAGAAGCUGAGCUUUGCAGUCAGGCACAUUAACGGUACAACGUGGUGGCAUGAGCAUCUCUCUGAAGAGAAUCUCCAGUUCCUCAAGGAGGCCACUGCAGAGGAGUACAGAGCUCAGACAGCCAGCAAGUUGUGCCCUCUGAAAGAUGAGCCAUGGCCACUGAACGAGUGGAAACCAGAUUCCAUCAGAGUUGGUGUUGUUGCUGUUAAACUUGGAAUGAUGCCAAUGUGGACCAAGUCAGGGAAGAGACAUGCUGUCACUCUACUUAAGGUGCAAGAUUGCCACGUGUUAAGAUACAUUUCCAAGGAAGAGUCAGGUGGAAAGAGACCUCUGCUGCUGGUUGGGGGCAAGAAUGCUUCUCCUUUUUCUAAAUCAGAGGCUGCCAUGGAAAUUUUCAGAGAAGCUGGAGUGCCCAGGAAGCAGAAGGUGACAACCUUCAGUGUGACUGAUGAUGCCAUCAUUAAACCAGGAACUCCUCUGUACGCCGCUCACUUCCGCCCAGGCCAGGUUGUGGAUGUCACGGCAAAAACAAUUGGCAAAGGAUUCCAAGGUGUGAUGAAGAGGUGGGGUUUCAAAGGUCAGCCUGCCAGCCACGGCCAGACCAAAACACACAGACGGCCUGGGGCCAUAUCAACCAAUAAAGCUGCCAAAGUGUAUCGUGGGAAGAAGAUGCCUGGUAAAAUGGGGAACAUCUACAGGACAUCCUUUGGGCUGAAGGUGUGGAGGAUCAACACCAAGCAUGACAUCAUUUAUGUCAAUGGCUCUGUUCCAGGGCACACAAACUGUCUGGUGAAGGUCAGAGACAGCAAGCUGCCCACGUGCAAGGACUGCAAUAAGAACCCUCCCUUCCCCACGUUUUUUGCUGAUGGGGAUGAGGAGCUGCCAGAGGAUCUGUAUGAUGAGGAGGUGUUCCAGUUCACAGAGCCAUCUGUCACCUACACUUAGUGUCCUCCACAGCCUGGGGAACACAGCUGUGUUGCUUUCAUGAACUUUGUGAUGCUGUAGGAAAGUGAAGCUGGGAGCUGCAGCCUGCCCAGCUGACCUGACCACCCCCUUCUGGCUGUGUCCUUUACUGCUGCCCUUUUCAAACCUGUAUUGAGAGCAGCAGGUGAGCCUGAAGGGCAGGUUUCAAAGCACAGCAAACACUCUCUCUUCUCUUUGUCCUCUGGCCCAGGCUGUUAAAGCUCUGAGCAGCUCUUGUUUGGCAGCUGAUGCUCUGUACCAAACUGUGUGUCUCUGUAGUGGAAAGCAGGGUGGCAGCCUCUGAUCACUCAGACUGCAAAUCUGGGAGGCUCUGUGAAGAAUGAUCCAAAAUAAAAACGUUGAAAUGCAUUGCU